UCCUCUUCGAAGCGCUACAGCCCCAAAGCCCUACACUGCCAAACACCUUCCUCACCAUGAGAAAAAGGUAGUGUGACUCGAAACAUGGGAAACCAAGGGGAGUGACAAGCUAGAAGGCUAGCCAUUGUAUUUUGGAUGUAGAGUUGAGUUGUAGAUUAUUCUUGGCAAAAGGUGCAUAUCACCCCCUCAACUCAACAACUGGUGGCAAAUCACCCCCUCAGCUCAUUUCACGCGCAAAUCACCCCCUCAACUCACCUGCAGUGGCAAAUCAGCCCCUCUGUUAAGGCUUCCGUUAACAUUUAACAGUCCACUCACAAGCCCUUCCUCUGUGUCUGACGUGGCCUUUUUUUGCUGAGGUGGAGGCACACCUGGACAAAUACCUCAAAAUCAGCAUCGGAAUGCAAGCAUCGCUUUCUUCUCUCUUCCCGUUAAAACCUCCAAAGAUCUGCCAAACUCAGACGAAGAAACUUCAGCAGAUGCUCAGCCCUCGUUGUUUUCUCUGGCUGGAUGUGACCAAUACUAGUUAGACUAUUCAGGAAAUUCCCCAUGUUUGAAAGUCCUGGAGCAUCUCAUAGUCCUCAUCUUCGCAAGCUUGGCAACAGAGCUAUUGUCUCGGACCUAUGUGAACUAAACUUUUCGUGAUAGUAACCAACUCACCGUGAUUAGUUUGCAUCUUUACUUUGCUGUAUUUAUGCAAUGUAUAUUUUGAGUCUGUGGCAUUGGAACUGAAUAAAAUAAUGAUUUAAGACUGCUAUUCCAUUCUUCUGAAAAGUGUGAACUUGUUCAAGACUUGUAGAAAGUUGACCACAACUCAUGCAUUUGAGAACAUGCAUCAAUUUAACUGCAUUAUUCUUGAAAAUUAGGAAUGGAAGUUCCACUUUUAAACAAGAAGCAUUGCCACUGAUGCUUUAAUCAAAUGCACUAGGUCACCCCCAUGAACAGUUCCUAUUGUUAUUUAUCCAUCCUGACAUCCAUCAAAAGUUUUUGCUUCUUUUUUUUCAUUAAUAUAUGUUUUCCUAUUUUCUUUUACAUCUUGUAUGAUCCAUUUAAUUUAAUUUAAUUUUUUUUCAAGUACAAGUGAUCCUGCAAAUAGUGUCCAAGAAGGUUAUGUGUUUCCGUUGGUGCUGGGUGAAAUGAAGGGUGCAAGUUUACCACUGCCGAGUGCAGCUAUAUUGCCUUCUCCCAUCUUGCUAUGGAGGUUUAAGGUCUGAUAUUUUAGUGU